AGGAAGAGGGAGAGAAGAUGGGUUUGUUGACAAACAGAGUGGACAGAAGUGAGAUCAAACCAGGAGACCAUAUCUAUACUUACAGAGCUGUUUUUGCUUACUCUCACCAUGGUAUUUUCGUUGGCGGAAGCAAAGUGGUUCAUUUUACACGGGUUGAGGGCUCUUCUGAUGCUGCUAAUGAAAUAUCAGGCCUUUCUUCAUCCUGUCCAAUCUUUCCAGACUGUGGAUUUACGCUUCCUAACAGCGGUGUUGUACUUUCUUGUCUGAAUUGCUUUCUCCGCACUGGUUCACUCUACAGCUUUGAAUAUGGAGUAAGCCCCUCCGUUUUCCUUUCCAAAGUGCGAGGGGGAACUUGCACUACUGCUGUGUCAGACCCUCCGGAGAUGGUUAUCCACCGAGCAAUGCAUCUUCUCCAGAAUGGAUUUGGCAACUAUGAUGUGUUCCAAAACAACUGUGAGGACUUUGCGUUGUAUUGCAAAACAGGUCUUCUGACACUUGAUAGAUUGGGAGUUGGAAGAAGUGGACAAGCUUCUUCUGUUGUCGGUGCUCCUUUAGCUGCGCUUCUUUCCUCCCCCUUGAAGUUUCUAAUUCCUAGUCCCGUCGGUGUGGCCACUGUUACUGCAGGAAUGUACUGUAUGAGCAGAUAUGCUACUGACAUUGGUGUUCGAAGUGAUGUCAUAAAAGUCGCAGUUGAAGACUUAGCUGUAAACCUUGGCUGGGGAAGCAGCAAUGAAGGAGCUAUUGUGGAACAUGAUGAUUCUAUUCACUUACUUGACAGGUGACAUCAUUCUCAGUGUAUUUUGUAGGAAAUGCUAUUGAUGUUGUAUUGAUUUGUGAUGAGAUUUCUGGUCCAGGAACUGCCAUUUGGCUGUCCAUAUGUGCCACCAUAUCCGAUGUACAUUGAAAAUAAGUUGUUGGUAUUAGCUUGUUA